AUGCCGCUGCGCAGCUAUGUCCUCCUUCACGCCUCCCGCAAGACCUUCAGCAACGUGAAGGUCAGCAUUCUGGCCCAGUGGACGCCGGCGCCGCAGAACAGGAGCGGCCCCGCCCUGUCCCCUGGCCAGACUUGGAAUGAGAACCAGCUGUUCGCCGACGAGACGGAGGCCACGCUCUUCCUGGGUGCCCUGGACACGGUCUUCCUCUUCUCCUACGCUGUGGAGUUUCUCUUCGGCACCCUGACCGAAUGGCUCCACUUCUACAACGUCUAUUUCUACUGCGCCCUGUGGGUCCUGAACGGGCUGCUGCAGUCGGCGGUCUGGCCCUGCGUGGUGGCGGUCAUGGGAAACUGGUUCGGGAUGUCUGGGCGGGGCUUCGUGUUCGGCCUGUGGAGCGCCUGUGCUUCCGUGGGGAACAUCCUGGGGGCGUUCCUGGCUUCCAGCGUGCUGUGCUACGGAUACGAGUACGCCUUCCUGGUCACCUCCUCGGUGCAGUUUGCCGGGGGUGUGAUCGUGUUCUUCGGACUCCUCACCUCCCCUAAAGAAAUCGGUGAGUGGCGCCACAAGCAGGCCGAUCUACAGCUCCAGGCCGCAGAAGGACAGGUGGAUAGAUGAGACUUGAUUGAUCCCGGAGGGAACUUGAGGUGUUACAGACAAGACAAGCAAAAAGAGCACAGGGCCCCAGACUCCUCUCUCCUCUGUCUCUUGCCCCCACUCCAGUACUCGCUGGCCUACGCCUGCCUGAAGCUGGUCAACUACUCCUUUUUCUUCUGGCUGCCCUUCUACCUGAGCAACAACUUCGGCUGGGAAGAGGCCGAGUCUGACCGGCUGUCCAUCUGGUACGACGUGGGAGGGAUCGUAGGAGGAACUGUCCAGGGCCUGAUCUCGGACUUCAUGGGCAAGAGAGCCCCUGUGCUGGCGGUGAGCCUGCUCCUGGCGAUGGGCUCUCUGGUGGGAUACAGCCGUUCGCCCAACGACCAGGUGGUGAAUGCAGUCAUCCUGGCCGUCACAGGCUUCUUCAUAGGAGGCCCGUCCAACAUGAUCAGCUCGGCCAUCUCGGCUGACCUGGGCCGGCAGGAGGCGCUGCGGGGCAGCCAGGAGGCGCUGGCCACGGUCACCGGCAUCGUGGACGGGACGGGCAGCAUGGGAGCAGCCGCAGGACAGUACCUGGUGUCCUUGAUCGAAAGCCGACUGGGAUGGAUGUGCGUCUUCUACUUUUUCAUCGUCAUGACCUUCGGGAGCGUCCUCUUCAUCUCGCCCCUGAUCGUGAGCGAAGUGCGUUCCAUGAUCCGGGAGCGGCGCCUGCGGUCCCAUCAGCUGUGAAACCGGCACACGGAGCCGGAUGGGGACUUUUCCUGCGGCGCGCGGACCGACUGCGAGGCGUUUUCUGCCGCGGGGCUCCGAUCUUCCGCAGAGGAGGUCGCCACCCCUGGGGGAAGAUCUCCUCCCCAGCUUCUUUCCUCCUCCUCCUCCUCCUCCUCGCAUGCAGGCGGCUCCCCUUUCCCGGGAACGAUCUCCGAAACCCAGCCGGAGCCGCGCGGAGCAGCAAUGGACAGACGAGAUUCUGCAUCAGUUUCCGGGCCAGAUCGGGCGAUAUAUCGCGGCGCCUGUCGAGAUGUUUAAAAAGCCUGUGUGUUUGUGUGUGCGUGUGUUUGUGUGUGCGUGUGUUUGUGUGUGCGUGUGUUUGUGUGUGCGUGUG